AAUAAUUUAUGUUAUAAAUGUACAAACAAUUUAUGUAAUAAAUGUACAAAUAAUUUAUGUUAUAAAUGUACAAAUAAUUUAUGUUAUAAAUUUACAAAUAAUUUAAUGCUGGUAACCCCAUCAAUAUGCUAUUAAGCUAAAAUGACAUUUGUAAGUUUUAGUACAGGCAGUUAUUGUCUGACUACCGAACAAGAAGGACGCCAAUAAAAAAUUAAACAACCUGAGAAGAAUAAGUUUUUAAUUUAUACAAGCCCAACGCUUACAUGGUGUCAGAAGACAAUGGCAAAUAAUAGACUUCCAAUUGAACUGGACUGCUCCAACCUUGUUAAGGAAUGGCCUAUGUGGAAGAGAACAUUCCUUAUGUUCAUGAUGGCAAAUGGUAAGAUGGACGAAGGGGAGCCAACGAAAAUAGCUAAUUUUCUCUGGUUGAUCGGUCCUCGUGCUAUGGAAAUAUAUAAUACUUUAUUUCCCAACGAUGGAACACUUCCUGGCAUAGUUGGCAACGAGCAAAAUCCUGAAGAGGUUGCAGAAGGCGAAGAAGCUCCGCCGAACAUCGAAAGAACAUUAAAUGAUGUUUUACAAGCGUUCGAUAAUUAUUGUGUCCCGUUAAAAAAUGUUACCAUGGAAUCAUUCAAAUAUAACACCAUCGUCCAACGGGAAAAACAACCGUUUGCUGAAUUCGAAACAGAACUACGCAAACAAAUUCAAUACUGUGAAUUCAAAUGUCAUUGCGGUGCUUCAUAUGAAGAACGGAUGCUGAGAGACCGCAUCAUAAUUGGCAUUGCAGAUAAGAAGUUACAACUUAAGCUUCUUGAUGGAAGAAAUGAAUCACUGAAAACUGUGGUGGACACCUGCAAGGUAUUUGAAGCUGCCUACACCAACAAAAAACUUUUGGAAACCAAUCAACAACAACAAGUUCACCAUGUUACAAGUGAACAACCAACAUUAUCGGACUCUAUCAAUGCGAUUUCUCGUCACUGUUAUAACUGUGGACAUCAACCAUUCUCAACAGCACAUUUGCGGGAAUGUAAAGCAAACAACAUCGUCUGCAGCACAUGUGGAAAAAAGGGGCACUUUAGUAAAUGGUGCAAAAGGGGAAGCAACAACAAAAUGGGAAGCAAAACGGAAAACAAAAAACUGGACAACAAGUUGGAUAAAAAAGCUGUAAAAGCCCUUUCUGGAGGGAAUUCUUGGAUUGAAUCAGACUCAGAUUAAGUAAGAAUAUGUCAAUUAAUUCAAGAUGGACUAAGAAGUACCAAAUUAAUAAUGAAAUUGUGGAAUUUAAAAUCGAUACCGGUGCAGAUGUGAACUGCGUCCCUCUGAGUUUAAUUAAAAAAAU